UGUAUAAAUCUUAGAUAUUUUCGGUUUUAAGUGUAAAUAUAUCUAAAUAAUUAUGUUGAACGAAAAUUAGACGGAGUAGUUUUAAAAGAAGUAAUGUGACUGAACAAACCCUGGGAGUUAUAACAGAUAUUUUGAUAUAUGAUUUAAACAAGUCUAAGCCGUUCAUUUGACUUGUUCUUUAAUGUUUUCAGACUUCAUGUUGGCAACUAUUGGGAAAUUUUAACGCUCCUAACUGACCAACGUGGAUCAAGUUUGGAAAACACUUUUUUAUUCUUUAUAAGGAGAAAAGUUUUGUUCCUGUGACUGAGAAGUGUAUUUAUUGUGAGGACAUUUAAAGAAUAAAGACUGAAAUAUUCAAAACGAGGAAAUGAAAAUUUUGCCUGUGUCUCCCUUUAAGUAAAUUUCGAUAUGGAGAUAAAUGUGGAAAAUUUGGACCUUAAAAGUGAAGAGGAAAAGAACACAUCGGACGAUAAAAUUGUGGUUUCAAAUAAGAUGUCUCAUGCAAUAAUAUUAAAGAAUUUAUUCAUUGUAAGUUUUGCAUGUAUGUUACAAUUCAGUGCAUAUCAUUCAUUUGCAAAUUUACAAAGUACAUUAAAUAAAGAAGACGGUCUUGGAACUACAGGUCUUGCAUUACUGUUCGGUGUUAUGGUGCUUACAAGUCUAUUUUUAGCCCCGAUAAGCAUGGGAAGAAUAUCUACUAAGUGGAUAAUGACAUGGUCGAUGUGCACGUAUAUAAUCUACACGGCAACCGGGUUUUAUCCGACCUGGUAUACGGUCAUACCUGCGUCAGUUAUUAUUGGCAUAGGUGCCGCUCAUUUUUGGUUGGCAAUGCCAGCGUAUGUUAUUGACAUUGCUAAGGGUUACGCCCAAAUUACUGGCACUGUGGAUCAGGAUAGAGUGACCUUCUUUUUUGGUAUUGUUUUUGCUGCAAUAUAUACAAGUAACAUAUGGGGAAACCUUUUUUCAUCUAUGGUAUUCAGACAGGACAGUACUAACGAGACGUUGGAGAGUAAAGACAUUCAUUGUGGACCUUCAUAUUGUCCUUUCAGAAAAUAUAACAUUUCAGCUAUUGUUCCGCCUUCACAAACGCAGGUGUACACAUUUACAGGAUUUUGUUCAGGAAUAACCGCCUUUGCAAUAUUGUUGAUGAUCGUCUUUUUGACCAACAUAAGCACUGACAGCGGAAAAUCGCAUAGUGCUUGUAGACAAAGUCGAAUGGUGGCAACACACAUGUUCCGAUCCAGAGACCAACAAUUACUAUUUUGUUCUUCAAUAUUUAGCGGUCUAGCAAGUGGAUUCCUUAUUGGAGAUUUUACAAGUGCAUACAUUAGUUGUCCAUAUGGGAUACAAAAUGUAGGAUUUGUUAUGAUAACAUUAGGAGUGAGCCAGUCUAUAUUCAGUGUUGUAUAUGGAAAAAUAAAUCAAUACAUUGGUCAUAUCGCAAUAUUUACCUUUGGUUCAGUGGCACAAGCCUCAUUUUAUAUAACAUUGUUGUUGUGGCAUCCAUUGCCGAAUCAGUCAUUUAUAGUACAUGUGCUUGCUGCUAUUGCGGGCAUAUCAGGAGCAGCAAUUGAACCAGUUAUAACAGCUCUUCAUAACCUUUAUUUUGUCGAGAACAGGGACAUUGCUCUAUCUAGCUUUCGUCUUCUCAACUCAAUAGGAUGGGCAAUAUCCUUCGGAUACAGUAACUGGCUGUGCUCAAACGUUAAGAUGUACAUACUGAUUGGUGUAUUACUUACGUCUUUAGCAACCAACAGUAAUUUAUCUCGAUGUGAAACAUAGACAGAGGAGAGGAAGAAGCGAACAACACGCAAUAACGGAAUAGGAUACGGUUCCAGAAGAUCUGAUUUCAAACUGAAUGUUAUAAACCAUUGAAUUAUAGCAGCGUUUAUUACUUUUCUUUGCCACUAGAAGUGCAUUUGAUACUUUGAUAUUGAGACCGCUUGUGAAAUCCUAUUUCAAAUCAUGGAUAGUCCAUAUUUAUAAACCAUGUUGUGUGUGGGUUGAAACACAAUUUGGAUUUUGUGAUAAGUGAUUUUAUAAAUAAGCUUAACACGGGUUAGGCCUAUAAGCAUUUCAUAAUGACAGUAAGACAGUCAGAUAUCAAUUCCAUUCUGCAUAUUAGUCACUCCUAUUUGGCUGCUUACUCAUUUUCUACCCUUGAAAGUGAAUAGUUCUAAACAGUUAAUAUGCUUUCAUAUAACCCCACCCAAACGCAAAGACUGUUUAUGUAUUUAGAAGAAAAAUGAAAUAUGUGUAAACGGCCGGUUUUCUCAGUUUGUAGAGCUUUCGAAACUCAAGGGUUAAAAUCAGGUUAGUCUGUAUAAUCUUCUCACCUUCGUAACAUAAUCAUAAGGAAUCACCAUUGCUUAGAUUGAUUUGACAUUUUACAUCUUUUAUCACAAAUUUGUUACGUUAAAUUGUCUAUACAUGUACUCUCUGAAAAUCCUCGUUUAGAAUUUAUGGUCAAUUUCCGUUUUUUCCUUAACUCACUGCAUGUAGUAUAUAAUAAUACUAAAACAAUGAAUUUCAUAGUAUAGUAUUGUGUCAGUUUGUGCUGAAGUUAUAUAGUCAUGCUUGCGGUAGUUCGAACCUUAAAGAUUGUAGAUUGUAGUAAACAUACAGUAAAGAUAAAGAAUUUAAAUGUAUUUAAUUCUCUGCGAAGCACAGUUUCAAUUACUUCUGUUAAACACGUUGCCCAUACUACGUGAACUAAUUCAGGUUUUACUUUCUGACAACUUUUUGUAAAUAUUUCAUUCUUUUAGAAGAGGCGGGGGUGGAGGCUUAACGUGUCGAAAAGUGACACCGCAUAAAUAUCUGUUUGCUAAUUUCGCAGUCUCAUUUUAUGUUGAACAUUUGUGUGGACUUGACUUAAGCGAUAUACGUCUUUUAUCAGAACUAUUCAUGCUGUUAAAGGCGAAGACCGUCCAUUUUUCCCUAAAUAUCAUAAUCGAGGUAUCAAUGAAUCAAGAAUUUUAUAUUUCUCUAUUAAGGUCAUAACAUUCAGUGUAUAUAACCUUUACCUAUUCAUCACCAAAUAAAUGAUGGAAGUAAGUAAUGAAAGACGCAUUAGUAUGUAUCUACACUUCAUUGACAAAUCGACAUAAAAAGGAGUAUUGCAUGAAAGACGCAGUUACCAUGUAUCUACCCAUCGAACCGGCUGUUCAAAGAAAGGAAACGUUACAUGAAAGACGGAGUUACCAUGGGCUUAACAUACACUCCGGUUCUUCACUGACGAAUCCACGAAAUAGGAUGUGAAACACAUGCUAAAAAACAUAUAUACUAGCAUUUAAAGAUUUCUUGAUCUAGAACAAAGAUAAUCGUAUGCAACAUACUUGUAUUUAAAAGCAUGUUUGGUAAUAUAGUUAGGAAUAAAAUAUGAUUCAAUAUUUUUAACUGGACUACGUGAAACACAUGUUAAAAAACAUAUAUACUUGCAUUUAAAGAUUUGUUGAUCUAGAACAAAGAUAAUCGUAUGCAACAUACUUGUAUAUAAAUGCGUGUUUGGUAAUAUAGUUAG